AUGCUUUUUUCUUUAAAGGAGUGGUUUGUUUUUCCAUCAAAGUCAUUGGUGCAUUUUUCACACUACAAUAUUCAAUGUUGGAAUACUUAUAUAUUUAUUCUUUCUUUCACUAUCUUUCUUCUUUCUCUGUUUCUCCUUUACUAUGAUGUUCUUUCUUUCUUUCUCCCAAUUUCUACUUAUUUAUUCUUCUCUUUUUUUUCCUUUCCUUGUCUCUUUUUUUUUCUGUUUCUCAUAAAAGUUACUCUUUUCUCCUUCUUCAACUCGGAUCCACUUUUCCUUACUUCCCACUUUCAACUUGUUAGUUUCUUUAUCUCUCUUUCUGUUUCUCUUUCUUUUUUAUUCCCUUUUCUUUCUUUCUUUCUUUCUUUCUUUCUUUCUUUCUUUUUCUUUCUUUUCUUUUACCUUUUCUUUUUAUUCUGUCUUCUUGCAUUAUUUUAUGUAUUUGUUUUAUAUCUACUUUUUUCAUUGAUUUAA